CCUGCCCCCUCGGCGCUCCCGGGGCUCCCCCCAAUCUCGGGUCCCCCUCCCCAGGGGCCCCCCCUCCUGGGCGCCCGCGCCUGAGAUGAGCCCAUGGCCUCGUCGCGGACGCCCGGCCCGGUCCGAUCCGCUGAGCCCAGCCACGAGGAGGAGGAGGAGGGGCCGGCGGCGGGGCCGGGGGCCGGCGGGGCUCGAGACGGCGCUGGCGGCGACCGCUCCCUGCAGCAGAUGCUGCGGGCCAUCGCAGAGGAGCGGAGGCGCCUCGGCCUCCGCCAGGAGAUCAGCGGCCUCGGGUGCUUUAAGGAUGACCGGAUCGUCUUCUGGACCUGGAUGUUCUCCACAUACUUCAUGGAGAAGUGGGCCCCGAGGCAGGACGACAUGCUGUUCUAUGUGCGCAGGAAGCUCUCCUAUGUGGGGAGCAGCGACAGCCCCAGUGAGGACGGCAAGAAGCAGGUAGAUGUGGAGGUUUAUCGGCGGGACUCCAAGAAGCUGCCUGGCCUUGGGGACCCCGACAUUGACUGGGAGGAGAGCGUCUGCCUGAACCUCAUCCUACAGAAGCUUGACUAUGUGGUGACAUGUGCUGUCUGCACACGCUCGGACGGAGGUGACAUUCACAUCCACAAGAAGAAGUCCCAGCAAGUGUUCGCAUCUCCCAGCAAGCACCCGAUGGACAGCAAGGGGGAGGAGUCCAAGAUCAGCUACCCCAACAUCUUCUUCAUGAUCGACAACUUUGAGGAGGUCUUCUGCGACAUGGCUGUGGGUGAAGGCGAGAUGGUCUGUGUGGAGCUGGUGGCCAGUGACAAGGCCAACACCUUCCAGGGUGUCAUCUUUCAAGGCUCCAUCCGAUACGAGGCCCUCAAAAAAGUCUAUGACAACCGGGUGAGUGUGGCAGCUAAGAUGGCCCAGCGGAUGUCUUUUGGCUUCUACAAGUACAACAACAUGGAGUUUGUGCGGAUGAAGGGGCCGCAGGGGAAGGGACACGCAGAGAUGGCGGUCAGCCGCGUUUCCACUGGUGACACGUCCCCAUAUGGAACUGAGGAAGACUCCAACCCAGCCUCACCCAUGCACGAGAGAGUGACCUCCUUCAGCACGCCACCCACCCCAGAGCGAAACAAUCGGCCGUCCUUCUUCUCCCCCUCCCUCAAGCGCAAAGUACCCCGCAAUCGGAUUGCGGAGAUGAAGAAGUCCCACUCAGCCAAUGACAGUGAGGAGUUCUUCCGGGAUGAUGACAACGAGGCAGACCUUCACAAUACCACCAAUUUACGGUCGAGGUCUCUGUCUGGGACAGGGCGGUCACUCGUUGGGUCGUGGCUCAAACUGAACCGGGCCGAUGGGAAUUUUCUCCUCUAUGCACACUUAACCUACAUCACGUUACCCCUGCAUCGGAUUUUAACAGACAUCCUGGAAGUGCGGCAGAAACCCAUCCUGAUGACAUAGCAGCGAGCCCUGGAGAGCCAGCAUUGCCCUGGGUGCUGCUGCCAAGUGCAAGUGCCUGUCUGCCGUGGUUCUCUGUGACACCUGCUGCUGCUGCUGCCGCCGCUGCCGCCACCGCCCGGAGUCCAGAGUCCAGCAUCUGCCCCUGCCUGGCCAGGCUUGCCCAAGGGAAGCCUCUCUGAGAACACCAGCCGCCCCAACUGAAGUGCCUCUGUCUCCUUCCAUGCCAGCUGGCCCCCACGUGCACGUGCUGCAGAUGCCCUGAUGAGGAUGUGGGUCCACAGGAGGCCGGGAGGGUGACCUAAGCCACGCCAUCCUCGUUCUUUCAGACAGUUGAUUACAGAAGCAGCUUUCCAACAGAAGAGAACCAACUGAGUGUCCACAACUUUGCUGGGAACUGUCUGAACCCACCGAGGGGAGGGUCUCACAGUGACGUCCCAUGACCUCCUGGGUCUGGGAUGGCUCUUAUUCUGGUGACUAAUGACUCUCUGUGGGUAGGGGUGGGGGCCAAGGGAGGAGUGCACCCAGGACUCUUAUGCACCCCCUGGCCUUGCUCAGGCUGGGGUCUGGCCGGGCUGAGGGCAGUCCCUUUAAGUGCUCUGUGGGAAGGGGGUUUUCCGGACUGCCAGCCCCCUUCUGCUUCCAGCCAAAGAAUACCCACCACCGAUUUGGAGAAUGCCCGCUCCGGGCCAAGGCUGCAAGAGAGCCCGGAGAGGUGGAGAGUGAGGCUGGAUGCCUGGUGGGACUCUCCAGCCCCUCACGAGCGAGGAUCCCCGAGAGUUUGAGCUGCCCCGACAGUGGCGGUCAGGCAAUGUCGUCUGUAAUCUUGGGGCCGGGGCUGGGAGAGGCUUCUCUUUUCUAUGACUGCACAUUGGUCCCAUUUUUCAGUCUGAUGCACUGAGGCGUGACGGGAGUUGGUGAAGAUGGCUGGGGUUGGGGGGAGGGCAUCAGUGCCACCCAAUGGAGGAAGGAACCUUCGAACAGAAGCUUGAAUUUUUUUAUUUCCGUUUUUUCCUCUCCCUUGGCGGGCUCCACAGUGCCAGGCUUGAAUCCAGCACGAGGUGGAUUCCCAUUGUCCUAUUAACAAGGGGGCCUGUUCUGUUGUCCUGGAGAGGACAGAGGUUCUCCAGGUCCACCUGGAAUAAACCUCCUACCGACCUCGUCCAUUAUGGCCAGUUUGGGAGCCAGCCUGGGGGGCAGGGAGGGCUCCUGGUGACAUGUGGUCGGUGGUUCCAGAAGGAAACGUUUCCCAAGCUUGGCCUUAGUGCAGGGGUGGGAACACCACAGGCAAGUGAUUUCAUUUCUCGGUGCCUCAGUUUACCCAUCUGUAAAAUGGGGCUAAUCACCUACCUCACAGGGUGUCAGGAGAGAGAAAGGGAUGACAGACAGGUCACUCACAGGGAAAGUGUUCAAACCCAGGCUGGGGGAGGGGGUCACAGUGACAUCCAUCAGAAACACGUCAAGGCUGCUUUCUUGCCCCCCACAUAAUGCAGUCCAAAGCUGGAAGUCAUGCCGCCAUCGUGAGCCAUGUGCCAAAAGUUAGUGUGUUUCUUCUCUCUUUUGGGGCUUCCCAGGUUCCAAGAUCUGGGAGCUCCCACUGCCUCUCCAAAGAAUCUGGGUGUGUCCCAGAUGCUGUCACAUGCCCCCUCCCGCACUGGAAUGGGGAGGGGGGGAAUCUUCCAUGUCCACUGGAGCUGCCAUGGGUGGGGCUCAUUCCUCAAGGAGGGGGAGCAGCCAGCCCCUGGAAGGGCUUGGGUCCCUGCAGAGGGUACAGAUGAUCUAUCAGGAGGAAGUGCACCUGCCUGAACCCCCAUGGACACGUGCGCACAGACAGACCCACACACCAGCAUUUUAGAGCAGCGCUAAGGUUAGCAGGGAGGAAAUUGGAUUGGGACCUCUGUUCAAAUCUCACUCUGCCACUCAUUCCCUUGCUUUAAAAUGAGGUUAGCCUAGACAGCCCCGCUUUGGCGGCUAGCAUGGGUCGCCCUCUCCUCAGUAGACCCCCAGGGGCCAACUCUAGCCUUAACCCAAACCCGAGAUACCGAGUGUGGACUAAGGCUUGCCCAGGGGCCCUGAGCCCACAGACUCCCCAGGAGAGGGCACUUGGUUGGUUGGUGCUUGUUAGCAAGAUCUGAGCCCAGUCCUGGGGCCCACGCACAGUUAGACUAGGAGUUCCUAGCUGGGGUCCAUGGACCCCUUGUUUUUUGAGAGGGGGAUCCUGUGAACUUGGGAAAAAAUGACAUCUUUUGUAUAACCAAGGUAUAACAUUUCCUUCUGAGAAGCCCGGCCACAGGCUUCAGACUGACCAUCACAGGGGCCAAGGGCCCUAUCUUAGAGGAAAACCAGUGUGUGACUGGGGAGGGGCUGGCCUAGAGACACUUGUAGGGCAGCAGCAAUGGCCUGGACAUCUGUCUUCCUGCCAGGGCCAGAAUGGAAGAGACCUUGAACACCAUCAUUCUACGGCUAGGAAACUGACCCAGAGAAGGGAAAGGCCGGCACCCUGUGUCCCUCCACACCUUCUCCCUCCCCUGUGUCUAAGUGGGUUGCAGUGGGACCCACACCUAUCUCCUUUCCCCGAGUUUAGGAUGCCAAAGCUUGGUCGGCCUCGCCUCGCAGACAGAUGUUGGGUAGGGGGACAGCCAAAGGCAGAAAGAGGAAGGGACCCAAGAUCUGCAGCCAGUGUCUUUACCCAGCCUCCCUGCUCAGCAGAAUGAUGGCCGAAACAUUGGGGGUCUUCGAGAACCUGGGAUGACAGCUGGCAGUACUGAAGACACCCUGCCCCACCCCGCCCCCGGGUCUGGGCCACACAAAUGGGGAACAAACAGCCUGGGGCAGUGAGAACGGAGAAGGCAUGCACAGAACUCAUUUUUAGUAUAGAGUACGUCAAGACAACAAACACUUAUUAAGCGCUUACUGUGUGCCCAUCACUGUCACGCCAGCUUCCGGGAAUGGUUGCUCCAUGGCAUGUUCUGGGAGUGAUCAUUUCCCUUUACGUUUGCCACGCUCUGAUGUUUUCUCCUGUAUUUACCAACUGACCUAGAACCUAGGACAGAGGGCUCCUCUUCCAAGGGAGGGUCUUCCUGGCUUUGCCUGCAUCCCCUGUGGACUGGACCCUUUCUAUGUGCUGUUCUACUGACGAGAGAGGAGUUGGCCCCAAGACUGGACAUAUGGGCAGGGGAGCGUUGUCUUCCCAGCGCUUGUGCAAACAAUCCUGGAGCCCUCCUCCUGCUAAAAGAGAGGGGCAGCUGUCCAAGAGUUUGUGUUUACAGUUUUCUAUGCCCCGGAGGCACAGAGGGAUCAUCUCCUAACAAUCCCUGUCCGGAGCCCCCCAGGAGCUUGGGGAGCAGCCACAUGCCCAUCCCCUAGGGUGCUGAGCAAAGCUCUGGUCCUCCUGCUGGUAGGAGGGGGCAGGGGAUGGGAAGGUGUAAAUACCCUGUCUGUGUUUCCUGAUCCUUGUCCAAGUCUCCACACCUGUAAACACCUGUUCAAAGGAGUUUCCUCCCACUAUGUUAAGGCUUCCCCACUCUGGAAAAAAAUGUUUUGGUGUUGACAUGGUUGGAUCACACUCAAGGUGACCUGGGUGCGCUGGUGUGUCGGACUCUGAGCACCGGGCUGGCCAUCCUCCCAAGGGAAAACGCCCCCACCCCUGCCCCCAUCACCUCCUUCCAUGGCUGCCCUAGGGAAAGCUCUACCUUGGGGCUCCCCAACAAGGUCUGUCUUCAGCCAAGGAGGUGUGUGUGCCAGCCUCUGGACACCUGGCAGACACUGGGGCAUCUGGCCACACCUGAUUAGGGCGUGGCUUCUGGGUCAGCCCCGGUCGCUCUGGAAAGGCCUUCCGGGAGGAGAAGGCUGCACUGUGAGCAAGCAUGGGCCCAUCCCUUCCUAGGUCUCAGAGUAUAGAUGGAGGGGGAUGGGCUUGGGAUCCAGCUCUAGGGGUUGGGGGGUGGGCUGAAGGUCGUCCAGAAGGUGAUUUCACAACUCGGCUCAUCUGGGGCCAGAGUACCAGGUGGCGUCUGACUUUGUUCUUGGUGUACC